AUGGCGCAUAGUCAAGUUCAACAAGACGCAGCCUCUGAUGGCGAUAGUCAUCUGAAGAAAACCACGGCUGAAGCUCAUGAUGCCGAGAUUGAGAAUGGCAGCAUCGAGGACUCGCCCUUUGACCAGGUCCAAGCUGUGGUCCCUCCCUUUGAUGACCCAGAACUUCCCGUCAACACCUUUCGAGGCUGGUUCUUGGGUAUUGUAUCGACGUUGAUCUUUUCUGGAAUCCUGCAGUUCUUUCAACUCCACUCUCCACCCAUUUUCUUGUCGUCCAACCUCGUCAUCAUCAUCACGUUGCCCGUCGGUCACUUCAUGGCCCGCGUCCUUCCGAGCACCGUCGUCCGUCUCCCGUUCGGAUGGGAGUUCAGUCUCAACCCGGGACCAUUUAAUCACAAGGAACACACCAUCACAGCCAUCAUGACUUCCUUGGUGUCUGCCUUUGACAACGGUUCCCUCGCUAGCGAUGUCUAUGUCGCCUUCGACAAGUUCCUCGGCAUCCCUAUAUCUCCGAGCUACCGGCUGCUGUUCCUGCUUUCGACGCAAGCUCUCAGUUUCGGUUUCGUUGGUUUAUUCUACCGCUUCCUAGUUCAACCAGCCUUUUGCGUCUGGCCCGGUGCCUUGCCCACGUGCUCCAUGAUAUACGGCUUUCACGAUUCCAAAUUCCAAAACGUCGUUGCUAACGGCUGGAAGAUGCAUCGAAUGAAGUUCUUCUGGGUAUUUACCGUGGCUGCUGCUACUUGGCAAGUUGUCCCGUCGUUUCUGUUUACUGCCCUGACAACUUUUGCCUGGAUCACUUGGAUCCGUCCCAACGAUGUCACUCUCAACCAAGUCUUUGGCGCGACUACCGGCAUGGAUCUUCUGCCUCUGACAUUGGACUGGAAUCAGAUCUCCGGAUAUCUGGGUACGCCUCUUGUUGUUCCAUCAUGGGCCAUCCUGAACGUUCUUGGGGGUAGCGUCUUCUUCCUUUGGAUUGUAUCACCCGCUUUGCAUUGGCAAAACGUGUGGUACGGCAGAUUCUUCCCCUUCUCCUCGUCAUCCACCUUUGACAAUACUGGAGCUCCUUACAAUACCUCUCGUGUCAUGAACCCCGAUUACAGCAUCAAUGACGAAGCGUAUGCCGAAUACUCACCAGUUUUCCUAUCCACGACAUCCGUACUCUCGUAUGGCUUGGGAUUUGCUUCGGUCACCUCGAUUCUUGUUCAUACGGCCCUGUACCAUCGAGAAAUGGUGUGGGGUGCUCUGAAGGCCACCAUUUCGAAGAAAGACAACCAUGAGGGGGAAGAUAUCCACGGCCGGCUCAUGCGUGCUUACAAACCAGUGCCUAUUUGGUGGUAUGCUGGUGUCUUUGCAGCUCUGAUUGGUAUCAGCAUGGCCUUCCUCUAUGUUGAGAACACACAGCUUCCUUGGUGGGGACUCAUCAUCAGCAUCUUGUUGAACAUUGUGCUGCUGGUCCCGAUUGGCUUGAUGAAGGCCACCUGCAACAUUACUGUCAACACGGGCGUCUUGGCUGCACUUAUUGGAGGCUUCAUCUGGCCAGGAAACAUGAUGAAUAACGUUGUUUUCAAGGUGUUUACCCUCGUGUGCACAUUUCAAGGUCUUGGAUACAUCCAAUCUAUGAAGAUGGGCUACUACAUGAAGAUUCCUCCUAGAAUUACCUUCACCGCCCAAAUACUCUCGAUACUCAUCUCGUGGCUGGUCCAAACAGGUGUCAACCUGUGGGCCAUGGCCAACGUCGAAGGCAUUUGCACUCCUGAAGCUGUUAAUGACUUCCGCUGUCCCUUGGCAAACGGAUACGCAGCCAACGCCGUGUUCUGGGGACUGAUUGGACCUACCAAGCUUUUCAAGUCGGGCUCUAUGUACAACAGCAUGCUCUGGUUCUUCUUGAUCGGAGCUGUGUUGCCAGUCAUUGUCUACUUGGCUGCUCGACGGUUCCCAAAGAACAAGCUCCUCCAGCAUACUCAUACUCCCGUCAUCUUUGCGUCGACGUCAUCCAUCCCGCCCGCCACCGCUGCCAACUGCAUCUCUUGGGGUCUUGUUGGACUCGCCUUCAACAUGUUGAUCAAGCGACGCUACCACGCCUGGUGGACCAAGUACAACUACCUUCUUUCCUCUUCACUGGACAGCGCUUUGGCUAUAACCACGUUCCUCGUGUUCUUCUGCCUCACUUACCCGGGUGUGUCCCUCCGCUGGUGGGGAAACUCUGUUCAAGACACCACUGCAGAUGGAAUGGGUGUGCCUCUGGAUACUGUUCCUAUGGGAGAGAUAUUUGGACCAUCUGAGUGGCUGUAG